GACGUUAGCAACACUGCAGGUGGACCCGCCAGGUUCACACUCCACAAGAGUACACAGUAGUGCACAAUAGUGCACAAUAAUCCACAAUAGUGCUUAGCUAGCUGAAUGUCAGUUUGUCUGGUGUUGUUAUACUUGAAAGUGCCCAUGUAGAGCAAUGGGGUCACAGGAAUCCCAGGGGGAAGACAGCAUUUUAAGCUUGCUAGCAGAAGCCGCCGAGUGGACAGAUGAGGAGAUACUACAAAGACUCCCGAAUGUUUUACCGAUUGUUGAAGAAUUUUUGCGAGGAACUCCAUCCGCUGAAGAAGCAGUGCAAGUUGCAAGAUGUGUGUGUGGUUUAUUUCUACCCCAUCUUCAAGUUGACAAAAAGACCUAUACGCUUCUUCAUGCUGCUUUAUCUUGUCUCCAAUCUGCUUUUAAUGGAUUCUUGCAAGAUUGUGAAAGUGAAGCAAGGAAAAAUAUAGAGAGAGUCAUCAAGAUGCUUCAGCAAUGCAAUCUGGUGGCAGAAUGUUGUGAGCUAGCAUUGCAGUUUUUGCUACAAGCAGAAAAGGUUGCUAUGGAGGAUAUAAGCAACUUGCCCAGUGCCCUACUACAUAUUGUCAACCUUUCUCUAGGCCACUGUAAAGAGAGUGAAAACAUCUAUGGCAGCCAUUUAGAACUUCUUAAGGAGAACCUCUCAACACUAUUCCAACACGCUGUUAGCCUCUCUACCCAGUUUGCACAUCUUUUAUCAAGGGUUACUUUCAACUCCAAUGAUGAUCUGGAGAUUCUUCUGCAAGGUAAUAGUUUUAAAAGUACAAUGCAGUACAGUACAUACUGUAAUUGUAAAGUUUGUUAUGUUUAUAAUUAUAUUCCUGUUAAAAAUUCCAUAAUGACUGAGAGAGACGAAAAAGUUGUUCAGCGAAUCAUCAAAAUGACAAGCUUUUGUCUGAAAAUAAUUGUUUCUCUUUGUGAGAAAUUUCGAGGAUAUUUGAGAGGUGUACACGUUGUUCUGGCUUCACUGUUGAUGCUGUUGUUCAGGUUGUCUCCUCAUAAUGUAACACUGCAAAUGUACUCGGACAAUAUCAUUAAAGAUAUGGAACAGCAAGUAACGACUGCAAUUGAACCACUUCUGUUGCACCUUCGAGAUGAUGAAGAAUUUAUUAAGGUAGUGCUAGAGAUAGAGCAACAUGACGUGGAGACUGUAGCAGAGGAAUGGGGAAGUUACCUACUUUUAAUAGUAGCAUUGUGUGUGCCACCUAGCACUGUAAUUUAUUUGCACCUAAACAAAAUUAUUGCAAAGAUCUUUUUCAUUGUGGAAAAAAGUCAUUCAAGCUUGUCUUUGCCGUGUAUGAUGAAUGGUGUGAUGUAUGGGGGCCGACUUCAAAGCAAAGUUACUUUCUAUGAACAUUUGCUGACUCGCACGUGUGCUUUAGUGGCCACACUAGAGGCUCAUCAUUUUGAAGUCUUGGAGCAAAUUCUUGUGCAGUGGCUGUUGAGUGGACAACCAUGGCCAGCACUUUUGGCUAUGGAUAUUUGGUGCUUUGUAGCAAGAUUUGGAAGCAGUGAGUUGUGCAAACAUCACUGUAGUGUGUUGAUGGAUGUGUUGCUCAGUACCCCUCCUUCCUCACACCAGUGUCUUAUGACUGCCUCUCUUUUGUCAAGGCUCAUCCCUAAGCUUGCUCCACAUCAUAAACAAGAGAUCUUAUCAAGUCUCAGGGAUACAGGAAUUAUUUUUCCAGAUGGGUUCACCUUGUUCCAGGCUGGGAUAAAGGAUUGUAAUUAUGAGCAAGAUCUGGUAAAUGAUACCAUUAUAACAUUCACAAAGAAUGUGGAUUUAAUUCUAGCAAGAACAGCCAACGAGCAAACUGUAAUUAAUCUACUGGAUGAGUUGGAACAUAUGUCUUCAUUGCUACUAGUCUUCAUAAAAGCAAAUAAUGCAAAUACUCCUGUCAUGGCAAGCUUCACCAGUGCUCUCACUCAGCUGUGGGCCAGAAUGCCAGAAGAUCAUGUUGGGUGCUCAAUAGUGGACCUAAUAUUCUGUCAUCUUGUGAAAGCUACUACCUCAGUCCUAAGCACCUUGUCCAAAAAUCAGUUAAUUCAGGUGCUGUCAUUGUUGAAUGAGAGCUGUACCAAGGAGUCAGCAGUGAUGGGUGUUGUUGUUUGUGACUUAGUGGCUGCCCUUGGUCAGUGUCAUCUCACUGAUUCUACUCACUUAAACAGUAUUCUCCAUCUUAUUGCAGAUGUAAUGGCAGGGGUGUUGAAGAGCUCUAAUCCUUUGGUCCAUCAGUGUGCCCUGGAUGCAUUUGUUGUCUUUGGCCAGCACACACUUCAUGAAGAAGUUUUGCCAAUGUGCCUUCACAGAUGUAAAAAAGAAUUGAAAAAAAAAGUUGCCAGCUAUUUGAAACAGGAGCUGUUUGUGUUACCAGAAGAUCAAACAAAGUUAUUACUACUCAAGCAGCAGAAUAUUUCUUGUAUAUCUCGGGAUAUAUCAAACAUUCAAAUGGAUUUUAAGCCCAUCGGAGGCAGUUCAUCUAUAGAAACUUUGCGAGUACAUGUCAAUGAACAUAAUCCCCAAGAUCUACUUAACCAGGAUCAGAAGCCAUCCAAAAGACUACGAGAUGAAGAUUUUACUCCAGAAAAAGAAGAAGAACCUGACUUAAAAAUGUUGAUCACUUCCUUACAUAACUCUCAUAAUAUAUUAAAAAAAGUAAGAAAUAAUUUGUAUAUAGAAGAGAGAGAGAGAGAUACAAUUAAAUCUAUUUUACAGGAAAUGAUAUGCACUUGGGAUGUGAAAACUAAUGAAAAUUAACCAUUUCAUUUAAGAUUAGUGUAUUUUAUCAGUGUUAGGAAUACCAGAAAUGUUACAAUACAAAUAAGAGUUAUAUAUAUAUAUAUAUAUAUAUGUAUGUAUGUAUGUAUGUAUGUUGUAUGCUCUGUUUACUACAUCUACACUACAACAGAUUGCAACUUAUGCAUUAUACAGUAGAAGAAGCUAUUUCAUCACUAAUCAAUCUUGCAGGCAUGUAAUUUUCAAAAAUAAAUAAUCUCAAAUUCUGUGUAGCUCAAAACAGUUUUCUACAAUGGGAUGCAAGAAUGUUUGGAAACUUCCAGAAGAUACCCACAAUCCUUUGUACAUUGCAGGACAGAAAUGCCAAAAUAUAUUGUAACUCAAAAUAAAAAUAUUAAACUGGAAAUCCUAA